GCUCAGCACCAGGGGCUCUGGGAAGACACGGGACCUGGCAGGGUGGCGCAGCCAGGUGCCCUCUGGGAGGGCAAAGCCGCGUGGGAUGCGGAGCUGCCCAUGGUGCUCCCUGACAGGGAGGAUCCAUCCCAGCUGCUGCACGGCUCGGGCUCAGCGCUGGGGAGACCCCGCACGGCCUCUACCCUUCUGGGGGAGCACACAAGACCCCCCAGCCCAGCCGGGCCCUCGCUGCCGCCUGCCUUUGAACUUGCCGGCGGGUCGCACACUGUGCCAAAGUGUGAUGGCCGAGCGCACGAGGAGCCAGCCCAGCCCGAUUUGCUGGCAAGCCUGCCCCCUUCCCCCCGAUGCUCCCCAAAGCCUCACGUCUGGGCCGGCCGCGGGGCUGGGGGCACUGGGCCGCGAGCGGGCAGCGCUGGGCUGGCAUGGCGGGAAGCGUGAAAGUGAUCAAGCGAGGCGGGCGGCCUCUGAUCAUUAGGGAGCCUUUGAUGGCUCCGCGCGCUUGGGGCAGCAGACAAUGGGCGCAUUCAGAGCGGGGAAGCUCACAGACGGCCCCGUGCGCCCGAGCCAGCCAGCCAGGGCCCCGCGCUGCCCAGGACCCAAAUGGAUUCAAACAGGAUCGGCCCCAACCCCCCCGUCCUUCCCAGCAGCCGGGCCUGGCAUGAAUUCAGCUGUUUGUGUGUCCUGCGGCCUGGGAACCGACGGCCCUGUGCCCCCCGUGGCACUGUAUAUAUACACAACGCCACUCGCCCCGACCCAUUGUUCCACUGUCACGGUCAGCGCCGGCAGCCAGGAGACGAGAGCAGAGCGGGAGGGAAGGAGCCAGCCCCAGGCAGCUCCCAGCUCCAGCCAGGCUGGGCCACGAACGCACCCCAGUCCCCACCGGCCGUGCCAUGCUGCUGCCCCUGCUCUGCCUCCUCCAGCUGGCCGCUGGGGCCCCCCUGGGCAGGGAGCUGUACCUGAUGCCCGCCAGCGUCCUGCAAGCUCUGUCCAGCCGUGGGACACGAGUGCUGGAGGCAGCGCUGGAAAGCGCGCAGCUGGCACUGGAAGCUGCGUUGGCGGAGCACAGGAGGAGGUUGCAGGCCUGCCAGGACUGCGGCAACCAGACCCAGCCCUGCCCCCGGAUGCAAAGCAGCACGGUCUUGCCCAACACCCACGGGGACCAGCCGCUUCUAGGUUUGUGCGGCCACCAGGCACUCGCAGCCCCCAACAUCACCACAGCCAAGGGCAAGAUUGUGGGUGGCAGCGUGGCACCCCGCGGGGCCUGGCCUUGGCUGGUGUCUGUGCGGCUGGACGGGGAGCUGAUGUGCGGGGGGGUGCUGGUGGCGGCCACCUGGGUCCUCACGGCCGCCCACUGCUUCACCGGGAACCGGAACGAGUUGGCCUGGACGGUGGUGGUGGGCGACUACAACCUGGGCAAGCAGGACGAGGGCGAGCAGGAGCUGCCCGUCAGCCGCAUCAUCACCCACCCCAAGUUCAACCCCAAGACCUUCCACGGGGACAUGGCCCUGCUGGAGCUGACGCGCUCGCCGGUGCCCACGCAGGGGGUGAGCCCUGUGUGCCUGCCUGACGGCCCCCUGGAGCCUGCCCCAGGCACGCCCUGCUACAUCGCUGGCUGGGGCUCCCUCUACGAAGAGGGGCCGGCGGCCGAGGUGGUGAUGGAGGCACGGGUGCCCUUGCUGAGCCAGGAUGCCUGCCGCGGUGCACUAGGCCGGGACUUGCUCACCAGUGCCAUGUUCUGCGCUGGGUACUUGUCAGGUGGCAUCGACUCCUGCCAGGGAGACUCCGGGGGCCCCUUGACGUGCCAGGACCCCGGGUCGCAGCGCUUUGUGCUCUAUGGGAUCACAUCGUGGGGCGACGGCUGUGGGGAGCGGGGCAAGCCAGGUGUCUACACCCGCGUGGCUGCCUUCGCUGACUGGAUCGCCCACCAGAUGCAGCAGUCACCCGCCAGCCGUGAGCCCAGCUGCCCAGAGCUGCUGGCACUGCCCCAGCUGCCCACUGAGCGCCAAGCCCCUGAGCGCACCCGCCUCUGCUCCUUCUACGCCCGCAGCUGCGGCCCCCCCACAGCCCAGGAGGCCUGUGCCCAUGCAGCCCAGGAGGCCUGCCAGACCCGGCAGCAUCGAUGCGAGCUGCGCGCCUACGCCCAGAGACUGCUGGACUUCCUGCACCGUGCCGAGGAGUUCUUCCAGGCCCGCCUGGACGUCUCCUUCUUCACCCAGGCCCUGCCACGGGCCCUGGAGCAGCUCUACACCCACCUCUUUCCUACCCAGGUGCACCAGGUGACUGCAGAGCAGGCCUCGGACGCAGCUCGGGGAGGACACGCUGGCCCCAUGAAGCAGGCAGCAGGAGGGAUUCAGAGCCCCACACGCAGGGCCAGGCAGCCCCAGCCCCCCAGCCCCAGGCCCCAGCCCCAGGGGCUCCAGCUAGAGGACCAGGUGCAGGAGCUCAGCACUGCAGAGCCAAAGCCAGAGUUGGAGCCACCACACGGGGAGGAGCAGCUCUUCCUGCAGGGUGAGGAGCUGCAGCAACAUGGUCGGAGCUCCCUUCGGCAGCUGUGGGCCAUGCUGGGCUCUCAGACCUCCCCACCGGACACUGCGGAGCCCAUCAGUGCCCCUGCCCCAAACCGAUCUGCAGUCCCGGGGGGCCGCCCCACACGGGAGAAGCGAGAGCUCCGGGGUGACGUCGCAGGGGAUGAGGCAGCAGGCGACAGCCGAGGCUGCCUGGGGCUGGCCGAGGCGGCGCGGCGUGUCCAGGCCAUGCGGGAGCUGUACCGCUGGGUGCUGCAGGUGCCAGACGGGGACCUGGCCAUGACCUUCCAGGAGAUCCUGGUGGACCUGGGCUCCAAGAACGCCAAGGGGCUGUGCAAGGCGCAGGUCCGGGCCACGGUCGGUGGCAGGGCCAUGGCCUUCCCUGGCCUCGUGGGGCUGGACAGUGACUCGCUGCACCGCAGCAUGCCGGGCCUGGUGGCCGCCGCGCUGGAGACCUUGAAAACCUAACAGGGACCCUGGGGCUGGGUGUUGCCCCCUGCCCCACUGGCUCCAGAGCAGGAUGAGGCCAGGCAGGGGGUGUCCCCUGGAGAUGGAGAACCCACCUGGCUGAGGCUGGGCCAGCCAGGACUGGACCCUCCAGCCAGACACACUGCAGAGCCUGGCACCUUCCAGCCCACCUACCCCAGCAGCAAGGCGAAGGUGUGGGGACGGCGCAGGGGACCUGGGGAGAGAGCAAGCAGCCGAGGCAAGCCGCUUGGGGCAAACAUCGCCUUGGCCCCCGGCCCUGCAAGGGUGGAGCAGGCCUGAGUGGUGCACCCCGGACCGAGGAACUGCCCAGCACUGGCUCCUGGCUUAUCUGCAGCCUCCCUGUAGCUCUGGACCCAGGCUGCCCUGGCUGCCCCCUGCCCCAUCAUCAGAGGGAGCAGGUGACUCUGGGGCCCUCUUUGCUGGCUGACAAAGGCCCCAUCCCCUCACUUCCCCACAGGCUUUGGGUAAUAGGCUCCCCCCUGCGCUCCCUGCCUUGCAGGGCCAGGAGGCCAAGCACAGCAUGGACCCCAGCCCCCUGUGCCCGCACUGGCACCAGGCCUGGGCAUGGGGACAGACCACGCUCCCACUGUCUGCAAGCCCUGGGCUCCCCUCCUCAGGCUUGCCUCACUGCCUGGCCUUGGCUACAGCCCUUCUGCUGCCCUGCCUCGGUUUCCCCAUCUGUAAAAGGGCCCCAGAUCUGCCUCCUAGGGGACAGGGCAGCUGGCUCCACCUCCACAUGCUGAGGGCAGGAGUGGGGCAGCUAGGACAGCUCAUCCCACUGCAGAGCCUCCCU